AUGAAGAAAUGGGAGAUGGAUGAAGGCCUAGGCCUGCUGGCAGAGGAGAGAACCUUGCUCGGGUUUAAUUUGGUCCUCGCCAUCAGCAGCAUCUCUGACAGCCUGAGAGGGCCAGGGCGUGAAGCUACGGCCAAUGACGUUUCUGAGUGGCUGAAAAGUGCCAAGAAAGCUAUGAGCCCCAAAGUUGUCUCCGUGUACCUCCGGAUUCGGGAUCGGUUCCCACCGGAGGCAGUGGUGCACCGGCUGCAGGUGGAUGCUGGCUUGAAAAGACAUGAACUUCUUCCGUUCAUUGGCCGGUCGCUGGCAAAGCGGCGCAUCGUUACCUACUUUGUGAACAGGUUCAAGCCGGCAGACAAGGACGGGGUGCAGUACGUUCCGGGGCGGUCUCCCGCCCAGGUCCUCACACAGACGUUUACAAAUUUCAAGAGUUUCUUGGAGAGCGGACUUUGUGGCGCCAUCUUCCGCGAUGCGCCACAUCUUGGUUGGCUCCAGCAGCUGCCGGAUUUCAUGCAGGAGAUCAUUGAAUUCUUAGCCGCGGUCCUCAGUGGCACGGGCAAGUAUGACGAGGCCAUCGACGCCCUGGUGGCAGAGAACUACUUAGUGCCGGCAGAGCGGGUGCUGGCCAACAAGGACGUAUUCACUAUCGAUGUGGAGCUGCUCGAGAAGGACAUGGCAGCCUGGUUGAUACCGGACCCGCCGGCAGCUGCGGCCGUGGAGGUGAAGCCGGAUUCACAGCCUGAGUCUCAGAAAGCGGAGGAACCAGGAGCUGCGCCGCUGCCGGACCAGUCAGAGCCAGAUCCGAUGGAGGAGCCGCUCUCCUUUGCCGCAGAGGGCCCUCCGGCGCGAGCUGAAACCUUCCGCAUGCUGGUCCUCAACCGGUGCCAGCAGGACAUGCUGGACAGACUUUCAGCCGAUGCCUGGGAAAAGGCCCUCUUGCAGGCCACCACGAGUGCCAAAACUGCCAACAUCGUUGCAGGCAACCUGGACGUUGACCUGAACGCCACUGACGGAGGGCUGGCCAUCCUGCAUAUCAUAGACUGCAAGACACUGGCCAUCACGGAUUGCGAGAAUGCCAUCCGCUACCCGUUCCGUUUCGGGCCGGCGAUUGAUGUUGUCAAACUGAAGAACCUCAUGGCCAAUAUCUUCGGGACGAAGGAGGGCGAGAGCAAAUUCCGAUCAUGUGAUGCAGCCCUCAUCUUCGACGGCAGAUCCCGCAAGUACGACAAAGAGGUCGCGAAACAGCUCAAUGCUCACAUCAAGUUUGUGGCGAAGGAAAUUUUGCCGGCUCGGAGGUAUGAAGUCUUCAGGCUGCAUUACCACAACAGAGAAUUUAUGGAUGGCGGCGCUGUGAGAAAGAGAGCUACCUCUGCAAAUCUCCAGUGUCCUGACCACCUGGAGUCCGGGAUCUGCAUCAUGGGCAAGGAUUUCAAAGCGAGCCUGGCGGUUCUUCCACGCAAGCACUUUGAUGUCCCGUCGACGAGUCUCGACGGUUUCAGGAAUCAGAGCCGCGGCUUCAGUGGUUUGAACUUGAAUCCGGAGCCAGUGCGGGUUACGGCCGACACCCGCUCCUGCUUGGCCUCGGGAUCAACGGUGGAGCAGGGAGCGGACUUGGAGGGCGAGCAGGAGGAAGACAAGGGCCAUCUGCUUUUCCCAUGGGAAUGGCCAGAGAAUGUGUGGGAUGAGAUUUUCCACUCUAUGGGUGCAGCUGCUGGGCAACUUGAGAUUUACCAUCACACCGCUGACCAGGGCUACGCAGCUCUGGCUGCCUUGCGCCACAAGUACAAGUACAGGACAUCAGCAUUGAGCGAAAAACAUCGGCAGCUCAUCCGAGAGGUCCUCGCCUAUCGGAUCGUCUCGGACAUCUGCUCCGGCUCCCGUGACUGGGGCCGAAAAUUGCGCAGGGAAACCAGUUUGGCAGGUGACGUCCCGACAGCGGACGAGAGUGAGAUCCAGCCGACGGGUUCCAAGAAACAGAAGACAGAGCAGAAUGGCGACAACGAGGGCGGCGGGUGCUCCUCCGAUACCUCGGGUAUCACUGACGACAAGGAGCAGUGA